AUGCAGCCUGACCGUCCGAUGCCUCUGGAAAACUUUUGCUCCUGUUCCGAUGAAACAAGGUUGUUCGUUUUUGGUGGGUCCGAUUUUGAGAACAACUUUCACAACGAACUGUGGUGCUUUACGUUUGCUAAUGGGUGGAAACUGCUCAAAGGAAGAGGUAUGGUCCCUUGCGGUAGAAUCGGUGCCGGCAUGUGUUAUUUAAAGGAGAAAAUAUACGUUUUUGGGGGUUUGACUAAUGCCAGAUGUACCAGCAGUGAUUUGUAUGAAUAUAGCCUGAGAAACAAGUCCUGGCGAAGAAUCGAAGUUAGUUGCUCAACUCCGCCUUUGCCUAGAUUCUUUUGCACUCUGACAGCGUAUGCUGAAAAAUUGUAUUUGUACGGUGGAAUUUCUUUAAUUGACCAUGCUGAUUAUGAUGUCGAAUCACUUGCUGCAGCGGAACGCACCAGAGAAGAAGCGGCGAUUGUAAUGCAGUACGAUUUACUGUCCAGCUUUUGUCAUUUGGCGGAUUUGAAUAUCUACGUCCCCGGAGAAAAUACUUGGAUAGAAGCUAGCCGACCUGUUCACCGAUAUUCUCAAUCUUUUGGUAAAUCCGCUUGCUCAUCUGCUGCUGUUGAUGGUGGCAUGUUUAUUUUCGGCGGAUUCGACGAAAGUGGCAGUUUUACGAAUUCCACUUUAAGGUACGAUUUUUCCGGAAACGGUUGGUGCACCCUCGACCCGGUAAAGGGUUGCCCCUCCGCAAGAGCGUUUCAUGCGUGCACGGCGGUGGACGGCAGCCGAGUACUCGUUUUUGCCGGCAAGAGUCGGGACGACUGGGAAUUGAACGACUUGUGGCUGUUCGACCGUGAUGCGGAUGCGUGGUACCGUUCGGGCGACAUCUGGGAUGAAUUUCUAAACACGGUUGGCGAACGGUGCGGAUGCGCGCUGGCCAUUCUGCAGCGCGAAUCCCAGGAUAGAUGUCUGGUCAUCUUCGGUGGCUCGACGGAUAUUGAUCCUGCUACCGGAAUUUCCCAAACCGUGCUAAACGACUUGAGGUUCAUUGUGUUAGAUGAACUGAUGUUGGAAAACUUUGUCGUGCAGUUUAGACAUAACACGCACGUCGAUAAUAUGUGCACGACUGCAUGCACAGACUGCGAUUGUAUUAACCUCUGA